CAGUUCACAACUUCACAUCACCCCAUUCCAAACUCAACCAGUACGCACGUGCAACAAGCUAGCUAGGCGAGAUUUAACAGUGCCCGCGAUCGAAUUAGAGCAGCAGCCAUGGCAGCGCCGGCGCCUCGGAACGUGAGCGUAGCGGAGAGGGCGCUGCGCGGGGUGUCGGACCUGAUCAAGCUUCUCCCGAGCGGCACGGUGUUCAUGUUCCAGUUCCUGAGCCCGCUGGUGACCAACAACGGCCACUGCGCGGCCUACAACAAGGUGCUCAGCGGGGUGCUCCUGGCGCUCUGCGGCGGGUUCUGCGCCUUCUCCUCCUUCACCGACAGCUACGUGGGUUCCGACGGCCGGGUCUACUACGGCGUGGUGACACGCCGCGGGAUGCGCACCUUCUCCUCCAACCCCGACGGGCCCAGCCCGGACCUGUCCGGGUACCGGCUCCGCGUUGGGGACUUCGUGCACGCGGCGCUGUCGCUCGUGGUGUUCGCCACGAUCGCGCUGCUGGACAGGGACACGGUGUCGUGCCUGUACCCGGCCAUGGACGGCGCCGGCGAGAGGACCAUGAUGGCCGUGCUGCCCCCCGUCGUCGGCGGCGUCGCCAGCUAUGCAUUCAUGAUGUUCCCCAACAACCGCCACGGCAUCGGGUACCAGCCCACCCGCGCCACCGAGGACUUCCAGCACAAGAAUUAACUUUUAGUUUGCUUGCUGCUUGCUAAUUGGUGGCGUCGCGUGAAUGCGCAUGGUUAAUUUGGUCGUUUGGUCUCCAAGGGCUCGAGUCAAGUGUGGAGGUGUGCUGCUUCAGCGACGUGUCGUGUUGUCGUUCUUACUAUUUUUUUUUUCCUCAAAGUUUGUAUCAUACCGUGUCCGAUGCAUCUCGUCUGGGUUGCAUGAUGGAUGAUUAAUUGAUCAAAAGGGUUCAUCUUAUCGUGUCCCCUCAAGAAAAGGGUUCAUCUUA